UGUCACGAAAAGACCCGGGAACGUCGGAAAAGGAUGCUUUCACUUCACGAGUCGGUAUAUCUCGAAAGGGCCAUUGAACAGUCAGAGAGCAAUCUGCAGGAGAUCCUGCAGCGUCUGAAUGAGCUAAGCCUGGACCUUCUCUCGUCCAGUGCAGAGCAGUCGGAGGAAGAAGGUCUGAAUCAAACGCCUUCCUUCACGUCGGCACCUCCCUCCUCAUCCCGGACCUGUCCCAUUCACCAAGCCGGCAGCAAGGCAGUUGAGACGUGCUGUAACCACUGCGAAAUGGUAAUUCCAGUUCUCAACUUGUCCUCAUACCCUUGCGUCCCUACUUGCAAUGCAGUGAUGCACCUAAUCCGUUUUGAUCAUGUACUUUGUAAAGUAUUACAUGUGAAAUUAACAAACAAAAGUAAUGCAACCCAUAAAUACGUGGCAUUCAACAUCUCGGAUAAUUUGAUAAUAAAGUCACGUAUGUUAAACAAAAUCAGUGCACGUCUGGGUUGA